AUGUUACCAACAAAACUCCCUCUCGCUCUCCUUCUCUUGCUGUUCCCCACCCUCAUCUCCGCCCAAUUCAACAUAUUUGACCAAUUCUUCGGGCGGCAAAACCAGCCUCAAGCGCACUACGGCAACCCCCAGCCGGGCAGUACACAGUCCCUCUGGCAAGCGCAAGCCGACGCAGGUACGUCUUCCCUCCCCUCCCCUCCCCUCUCACUUCCCACUCCCACCCCCGCUCCCUUCCCGCGCUCCGGAAUCCCGCGUUUCCGAAACCAAGCUAACGACCCAACAGUCCCCUGCGCUUCCUACCUCUGCCCAACGACCCUCCUCUGCACCCCUACACCUGCAGACUGCCCCUGCCCCAGUCCGCAGGACAUCAAGUGCCUCGUACCCGAUCACCAGACGGGGGAGAACACGGUUGUCUGCGUGAGGGGAGGGGAGGGGUGUGAGAAUGUUCUGAGUUUGGGGAGGGCGAUUUGA